AUGGCAGGACUGCGCCGCACGGAGUCCUCGCUGACAGCCCUGGACGAGGAGGCGCUGUGGGAGAUGACAGAGAGCCACCGCUGCAGGAUCGUGCGCAGCAUCUGCCCCAGCCGCCUCACCCCCUACCUGCGCCAGGCCAAGGUGCUGGGGCAGCUGGAUGAGGAGGAGGUGCUGCACAGCCCCCGGCUCACCAACAGCGCCAUGCGAGCCGGGCACUUGCUGGACUUGCUGAGGACGCGAGGGAAGAACGGGGCCAUCGCCUUCCUGGAGAGCCUCAAGUUCCACAACCCGGAUGUCUACACCCUGGUCACUGGGCUGCAGCCGGAUGUGGACAGCAGCAGCUUCAGCGGGCUCAUGGAGAUGUCCAAGCUGACCGCGUGCCUGGCUGGGGCCAUCAGCAGCCUUCAGGAGGAGCUGAGCCAGGAGAAGGGGCAGAAGGAGGCUCUGGCGCAGCAGAGCCGGCGGCUGCAGGAGCGCCUGGACCAGGCCGAGGCCCACGCCGAGGGCCUGCGGCAGCUGGAGGCGGACCACGGCCGCAUGAAGCGCGAGGUCAGCGCCCACUUCCACGAGGUGCUGAAGCUGAAGGACGAGCUGCUCGGCCUCUCGCUGCACUACAGCAACGCGCUGCAGGAGAAGGAGCUGGCCGCCACGCGCUGCCGCGGCCUGCAGGAGGAGCUGUAUCUGCUGCAGCAGGAGCUGCAGCGCGAGAGGCUCGCUGCCUCCUGCGAGCGGGAGUUUCGGGAGCGGUCGCUGAGGAUGGCUGACGGCCUGGAGCCUGGAGCCGAGGAGCUGAGCCGCCUGAAGGAGGAGAACGAGAAGCUCCGCUCACUGACCUUCAGCCUGGCGGAGAAGGACAUUCUGGAGCAGAGCCUGGACGAGGCCCUGGAGAGCAAGCAGGAGCUGGUGGACCGCAUCCACUCCCUGAGGCAGCGGGCGGUGGCCGCCGAGAGGCAGCGAAAGCAGUACUGGGAAGAGAAGGAGGAGACGCUGCUGCAGUUCCAGAAGAGCAAGGUGGACUGUGAGAUCUAUAGGGAGAAGACGGCCGCCCUGCAGAGCCAGGUGGCCGAGCUGCAGAAGGAGCGGGACCAGGCCUACUCGGCCCGGGACGUGGCCCAGGUGGAGGUUUCUCAGAGCCUGGCGGAGAAGGACGCCCUCCGCAGGAGAGUGUUCGAGCUGACGGACCAGGCCUGCGACCUCCGCCAGCGCCUCCGCAGGCUGCAGGCUGAGUCCUCGCAAGCGCCCCAGCAGGAAGCGGGGCCCAGGGAGCCCUGUCGGAGGGGGAAGCAGCGGCUCGUGCGCAUGUUCGCCGUCUGCCCGCGGGACACCAGCGACUGCGGCUACCUCAGCUCCUCCGAGUCUCAGCUCUGGUCUGACCUGAGCACCGCGUCCAGCCGUGAGCUGGUGGACAGUUUCCGCUCCAGCAGCCCUGUGCCUCCCAGCCAGCUGUCCCUGUACAAGCGGGCCGCAGCGGACUUCCAGGAGGAGCCCUGGUCUUUCAGCGACUUCCCAGAGACCCUGGAGGUGAACCGGGGAGCCUCCCCAGGACCUACGGCGGACGACACGGAGCUGGAUUACGAGAUUGUAGACAGAGCGGACCUCCUGGAGCCGGAGAGCUGCCCGCAGCGGAUCUCCAAGGACCUCUGCGUGUCCGCCAGCAGCGUCCCCGUGCGGCGCAGGCUGGCCCGGAAGAUCCUCAGCCAGGUCACGGUGCUGGCCUUCCAGGGGGACGCAUUGCUGGAGCAGAUUAGCAUCAUCGGCGGGAACCACACAGGCAUCUUCAUCCACCGAGUCACCCCGGGCUCGGCGGCGGACGAGAUGGCCUUGCGCCCAGGCACCCAGAUCGUGAUGGUGGACCACGAGGCAACAGAGCCCUUCUUCAAGGCCGUGCUGGAGGGCGCGACCCUGGAGCAGGCUGUCGAGCUUCUGCGGAGGGUGAACGGCUUCUGCUGCCUGUCUGUGAAGGUCAACAUGGAGGGUUAUAAGAAGCUGGUGCAGGACCUGGAAGCCAAAGUGGCUACGUCAGGGGACUCCUUCUACAUCCGGGUCAACCUGGCCUUGGAGGGGCGGGCGGAGGGGGAGCUGCAGGUGCACUGCGGUGACGUCCUGCACGUCACCGACACCCUGUUCCAGGGCCGCCGCUGCUGGCGCGCCUGCCGCUUCUGCCCCUACAGCAUGAAGGACACCGAGCGGGGCACCAUCCCCAGCUACGCACGGGCCCAGCAGCUGCUCGUCGCCCUGCUCCAGGACAUGACUCAGCAGAGCGCCGCCGCCCGCAAGCCUUCUGGGGGACCCCAGAAGUUGGUGCGCAUUGUCUGUGUGGAGAGAUCCAAGGCCGGCCCCCCAUGUUCCUCCUCUGACGGGGCCCAGUCAGACCCCAGCCGGCUGGGAGAGCCCUCCGCCGGGUGCCUCUGGGCCGAGAGCAGCGUCACGCUGGCCCCCUACAUGCUGGUGCGCCCGCACCGGCCCAGCCGGCCCCGGCCCGUGCUCCUCGUGCCCAGGCUCGUUGGGAAGAUCCUGAGUGAGAAGCUGUGCCUCCUCCAAGGGUUUAAGAAGUGCCCUGCAGAGUAUUUGAGCCCGGAGGAGUACGAGGCCUGCAGCCAGAGAGGAGACAUCAUCCACGAGGGCGAGGCCUCGGGGGGCCACGGCUGUGUGACCCGCCCGGCUAUUGAGUCCCUCAUGGAGAAGAACACCCAUGCCCUGCUGGACGUCCGGCUGGACAGUGUGCGCGCCCUGCACAGGGUGGACAUCUUCCCCAUCGUCGUCCACGUCUCCAUCAACGAGAAGGCGGCAAAGAAACUCAAGAAGGCCCUGCAGCGGCUGGGCGCCUCCGAGGAGCAGCUCCUGGAGGCCGGCAGGCGCGAGGAGGGCGAGCUGGACCGGGCGCCCUGCCUGCACUGCAGCCUGGCCCCCGACGGCUGGAGUGACCUGGACGCGCUGCUCGGCAGCGUGCGCUUCGCCAUCUCGGACGAGCAGAGGAAGGUCGUGUGGACGGAGCAGAGCCCGGCCUGA